GUAUUGAUGCCCCUCUAUUACCCUUAAUUGAAUUACCCUUAACUAACCUUGGGUUAUACCUCCUUAUAGUCUUAGGGGUGGUUAUAUCAGGAUUGGUUAUUAGUUUCAUUCCAGCACGGAUAGGCCGUGAUAACUCUUGGUUGGUUACAUUGGAGUCUAUAUAUGGCUUUCUAGUGAAUUUGGUAGAUUCCCAAGUAGCUAUUGCUGGGCAUAUCUAUAUACCUGCAAUUAUUGCUUUAUUUUCCUUUAUUCUAUUAUGUAAUCUAUUGGGGCUAAUCCCGUACUCGUAUACCGUCACAGCUCAGUUUGCCUUAACCCUGGGGUUGAGUUUUACUGUUCUCUUAGGAGUCACCAUCUUAGGUUUACAACGGCAUGGAGUUCAUUUCUUCUCUAUUCUAGUACCAGCCGGUACACCUUUGGUGUUAGUGCCCCUUUUAGUUGUAAUUGAGGCUAUAUCCUACCUGGCUCGUGCCAUAUCCUUAGGAGUCAGGCUCUCAGCUAACAUGAUAUCGGGUCAUGUGUUGCUUAAGAUUAUAUCUACUUUCUCUUGGCAGUUUAUUACAGGUUCUAUCUUAGGGGUUAUCCUUGGUUUUCUCCCUGUGCUCUUCUUAACUGCCUUAUACGCCCUUGAACUAGGGGUUGCGAUUCUUCAAGCUUAUGUCUUUGUACUUCUCACGGCUUCUUACCUAAAUGACGUACUCUCUCUCCAUUAA